AUGAAGUCGCAAGCAGACACCUGGAGGGUCGCGCAGAAGGUCCGCGGCGUUCGCAGGGUGACGCCGGGGUCGGAGAAGCGGUUAGGACUGUACUUGAUCAUGUCCCAGAAACCGCCCCCUGACCGUAAAAUCGCAACCAUCUCGCCUCAUACCCGCCCACACUCUGAGAUGAGUUGGCGCGAUAUACCCGAAGUGCCACGGGCAGAGGAGAUCAUGAAAGAAGCCUGCAUACUCCCAAAGAAGAGCGGCCUAAACGCCGUCUACCCGGCGAAAAGCGCAUAUCUCCGGGCCCAGUACGACCUCCUACGCUUCGAGGGCGUCGAGCCUCUCCGCAGAGCCGUUCAAGAGUACAAGUCCGCGCCAGAGAUGGCAGAGAACACUGAGGCAUCCAUAUACACCGAUGUCUUUGUCCGCGGAGUCAACAUCAUACGCCUCGGAGUCAUGGUCCGCGUCACCUUCUCCGCCGUCCGCGCACGACGGCUCAUCAACUGGCCAGCAUCUCAGCGUGUGGUCCCAGGCACGAUAGUAGCCCUGUCUCCAGCUUCGGAUCGCUUUAGAGCACAGUGUAUUGUGGCAGUGGUGACGGGUCGCUAUGACGAACUUGCUGGCAGUUCAUCGGCGCCUCCUCCUCUGGAUCUGGAAUUUUCCGAUCCUGGCAUCACGGCCGGCUUGAUGGAGCCAGACCAGGAGUAUGUCAUGAUCGAAGCCCGCUCCAACUACUUUGAAGCCGUUCGACACGUUUUGGAAAGCCUCAAGCAGUCGGCAGAAGACGAUUCACCAUUCGACAAGUACUUCGUCGGCCAGCUGAACACCGACGGCAUGCCUAGUUCUUUCUCGCCCUCCUCCACCACACUGGAUAUCUCAGCCCUCCACGAUGGUCUCCAACGCCCACAACUCAUCCACAUUCCUAUCCAAGGCGACGAGCUCGCAAUAGUCCAAGGCCCCCCCGGAACAGGCAAAACACACACGUCCAUGGCCGCGCUCAAGGUCCUGCUAAGCACACAACGCUCCAACGUCCCUAUCAUCGUCACAGCCCAAAAGAACGACACCGUCGACGAGCUCCUCUUCAGAUGCCAACAGCUCGGCGUGGCCUUUGUACGCCUCGGCGGCCAGGCUAAAGACGAGGUCAUCGCUAGCCGGACGCUCUUUAACCUCCGCACGCGAUCUCGCUGCAAGACGUGGAGCAACAGCGCGCUCGAGAAACGUCUCAUCUCUCUCAGGUCUCAGGCGAGGCUUCUCCUUCAACGCUGCUUCCCGCCCGCUCACCAGCAGCUGAUCAUGCCGGAGCACUUUCGGGAGGUUGGCUUGAUCAGCGCGGAGCAGCAUGCCUCGGUCAUGAAAGGCUGGGACGGCGACCCCAAAUCCAUCGCCCGAGAGGGAUCCCGACACCCGCUCGGGUCGUGGAUCGCCUCAGGGUCCGGCAUCAACGAUAAAGGGUCUGCUUGCAACAAGAAGGAGCAGUUAUCAGGCAAACCUAUCCCAAUCGCGCGCUGGAAUAGCAUCAAAGACUCAAGCGGUGUUGUUGUUGUUGUCAGCGACAAGCUGGCACAAGAGCUGCUCGCGCAUAUGGUCGAUUGCGCCUGAGUAUCGCGGCAUGGUAUACCAGCACCUCGAACGUCGAUACAUCACAUCAACCAUGCUAGUCCUCACC